CUUGCUCGUGAUUGGUCCAGUUGAAAUUCCUAGCCAAUUGAAGGUUGAAGUAUAUAACGAAAGGGAGCAGAAGUCGUCUUCAGCUCUAUAAGACAGGAUAUAUACAAGCCAGCCACACAGAGCGGCUUUUUCAACACUGGAAAGCUGUUCUGCACGUCAUCGGUAGGCCUUGUGUGGAGAAAUAACCUUAAAGGGUCCAGAUAGUACAGUGUUUAGCCUUCCGGCACCACUUUUCGUUGUAAGAGAUUUAACACUGCGACUGUCAAGAUGUCGUACGACCCGAAUGACCCAGACUUCGAAUACCUUGCGGUUGACCGUAAGAAGUUGCUGAAGGAACAGACCCAAGCUUUUGAUGGUAAAAAAUCAUGUUGGGUCCCAGAUGAGAGAGAUGCUUUUGUAGCCGCCGAAAUCCAAAGCAGCAAGGGAGAAGAAAUCACCGUUCAGUUGACAUCCAACCGAAAUGUUAAAACCGUGAAAAAAGAUGCCAUUAUGCAGAUGAACCCUCCCAAGUUUGAGAAGAUCGAAGACAUGGCCAAUUUGACCUAUUUGAAUGAAGCCGCUGUACUUUACAAUCUGAAAGCCCGUUAUGAAGCCUCCAUGAUUUAUACUUACUCCGGUCUUUUCUGUGUGGCCAUCAAUCCCUACCGACGUCUACCUAUUUACACUAUGAGUGUUAUCUCUAAAUAUAGAGGUAAACGAAAGAUGGAAAUGCCUCCCCAUUUAUUCUCUAUUGCCGAUAACGCCUACCAAAACAUGUUGCAAGAUCGUGAAAACCAGUCUGUACUUAUUACUGGUGAAUCUGGUGCUGGUAAGACUGAAAAUACCAAAAAGGUAAUCAUGUACUUCGCCCACGUUGCUGCCAUGAGCCAAAAAGAGGCAAAAGAAGAAGAAAAGGAUUCCAAAAAGGGUUCAUUAGAAGAUCAAAUCGUCCAAGCCAAUCCAGUACUUGAGGCUUACGGUAACGCCAAGACAACUCGUAACAACAACUCUUCUAGAUUCGGUAAAUUUAUCCGUAUCCAUUUUGGUACUCAAGGUAAAAUCUCCGGAGCUGAUAUUGAACAAUAUUUGUUAGAGAAAUCUCGAGUAACUUUCCAGCAACCUGCUGAAAGAAACUACCAUAUUUUCUACCAGCUUCUGUCUAAUUCUAUCCCAAGUAUUGUUGAGAGGCUAUUAUGUAGCCCAGACCCAGCUCUCUAUAGUUUUAUUAACCAGGGUUGUAUUACAGUCGACAAUAUCGAUGACAACCAAGAAAUGAAGGAUACUGAUGUUGCCUUUGACGUUUUGGGCUUCACCGAAGCAGAGAAGAACAGUUUGUACACAUGUACUGGAGCGAUCAUUCAUUUCGGUGAGAUGAAAUUCAAACAAAGACCCAGAGAGGAACAAGCCGAAGCUGACGGAUCCGCCGAGGCCGAGAAGGUCGCUUUCUUGUUGGGUAUCAACUCUGGAGACUUGGUCAAGAGUCUUUUGAAACCCAAGAUUAAGGUCGGCAACGAGUUCGUCUCCCAGGGCAGAACCAAGGACCAAGUUAUCUAUUCCGUUGGUGCCUUAUCUAAAUCCAUCUACGAUCGUAUGUUCAAGUGGAUGGUUGUUCGUGUCAACAGAACUCUGGAUACAAAAGCUAAAAGACAGUUCUUUAUUGGUGUACUGGAUAUUGCUGGUUUCGAGAUUUUUGAUUUCAACAGCUUUGAACAGUUGUGUAUCAACUACACCAAUGAACGUCUACAACAGUUCUUCAACCAUCACAUGUUUGUACUGGAACAAGAGGAAUACAAGAAAGAAGCCAUUGAAUGGACAUUCAUUGAUUUCGGUAUGGAUUUACAAGCCUGUGUGGAUCUUAUUGAAAAGCCAAUGGGUAUCUUGUCCAUCUUAGAAGAAGAGUGCAUGUUCCCCAAAGCCUCUGACUUGACUUUUAAGGAAAAAUUGUACAACAACCAUUUGGGCAAAUCACCUAACUUUGGUAAACCAGUUGGUAAGAAAGUGAAAGGUGAAGCUCACUUUGAACUUCAUCAUUAUGCUGGUACUGUACCAUACAGUAUUACUGGUUGGUUGGAGAAAAACAAGGAUCCCUUGAAUGAGACCAUUGUCGAACUUCUUUCCCACUCAAAAGAUCUUAUUGUACAACAAUUAUUCGCUAAGGCAGCGCCCGAAGCUGGUGGUACUAAGAAGAAACAAAAGAGCUCUGCUUUCCAGACUAUUUCUGCUACACACAAGGAAUCUUUGACUAAAUUGAUGAAGAACUUGUACAGUACACAUCCUCACUUCGUUCGUUGUAUUAUCCCCAACGAGAACAAACAACCCGGUGAGAUUGAUGCCCAUUUGGUACUUCAUCAGCUCCAGUGUAAUGGUGUACUGGAAGGUAUCCGUAUUUGCCGAAAAGGAUUCCCUAACAGAAUUUUGUACGGUGAAUUCAAACAGAGAUACUCCAUCCUGGCUCCUAAUGCUAUUCCUGAUGGUUUCGUUGAUGGAAAGACCGUGGCUACAAAGAUCCUACUGGCCCUUCAGAUGGACACAGCUGAAUACAAAUUGGGAACAACCAAGGUUUUCUUCAAAGCUGGUGUCUUAGGUUAUCUUGAAGAUCUUCGUGACGAGAGAUUAACUUCUAUUAUUUCUAUGUUCCAAGCCUUCAUUCGUGGUUAUCUCAUGCGAAGGGCCUACAAAAAACUGUGCGAUCAAAGAGUCGGUCUCUCAGUAAUUCAGAGGAACAUCCGUAAAUGGCUGUCAAUGCGUAACUGGCUCUGGUGGAAGAUGUACACAAAAGUCAAGCCGCUCCUCAACAUUGCUCGUGCUGAAGAUGAGAUGAAACAGAAGGAAGAGUUGCUCGAAAAAACCAAAGCUGAGCUCGAGACCACCCAGAAAGACAAAAAAGAGCUCGAACAACAGAAUACAACCCUUCUUCAACAGAAAAACGACAUGUUCCUCCAACUCCAAGCUGAACAAGAUAACGUAGCUGACUGUCAGGAGAAAAUCGAGAAAUUGAUUACCCAAAAGAUUGAUUAUGAAGCCCAAAUCAAGGAAAUGGAAGAGAGAUUAUUAGACGAAGAAGACGCUGCUGGUGACCUGGAGGAAAGGAAAAAGAAACUUGAGAAAGAAAACGCAGAUCUGAAAAAAGAUUUGGAAGAAAUGGAAGGUAAUCUUGCCAAAGCUGAACAAGAUAAACAGACCAAAGAUAACCAGAUCAAAACACUCCAAGAUGAAAUGGCUGCACAAGAUGAGAUGAUCGCCAAACUAAAUAAAGCAAACAAGAAUGCUGAUGAAGGCACCAAAAAAUUACAGGAAGACCUCCAGGCAGAAGAAGACAAAGUCAAUCAUCUCAGCAAACUUAAGACCAAAUUAGAACAAACUCUUGAUGAGCUUGAAGAUAAUUUAGAAAGAGAGAAGAAGGUGCGUGGUGAUGUAGAAAAAGCCAAGAGGAAGUUAGAACAAGAUUUAAAGAUGACACAGGAAACAGUGGAAGACUUAGAAAGGGCUAAACGUGAGCUCGAAGAAGGCAGCCGAAGGAAGGAUACUGAAAUCAACUCACUUAAUACUAGAUUGGAGGAUGAACAGAACCUCGUAGCUCAACUACAGAGAAAGAUCAAAGAACUCCAAGCUAGAAUUGAGGAGCUUGAAGAAGAAUUGGAAGCCGAAAGACAAUCAAGGUCCAAGGUUGAGAAACAGCGUAACGAAUUAACUCGUGAAAUCGAAGACAUCAGUGAACGUCUAGAUGAAGCUGGUGGCAAUACUCAUGCCCAGGUUGAAAUCAAUAAAAAACGUGAACAAGAACUACAGAAACUUCGACGUGAUCUCGAGGAGAGCCAGCUUCAACACGACCAACAGGUUGCUAAUCUCAGAAAGAAACAACAAGAUGCUAACAACGAGUUGUCUGAUCAAAUCGAUCAACUCCAAAAAAUCAAGAACAAACUCGAAAAAGAAAAACAACAAGCUAAAGUUGAGGCUGAAGAUCUCGCAUCUCAACUUCAAAACGCUGGCAAAAACAAGGGUAUGUCCGAGAAGAUGUCUAGACAAGUUGAAACUCAGAUGGCAGAACUCAAUGCAAAGAUUGAUGAAGCCAACCGAACAAUCAACGAACUUCAAUCCAGUAAGAACAAAUUCCAGUCAGAGAAUGCUGAACUUAGCCGUGAACUUGAAGAGAGUGAAAACAAACUUAGCAAAGCCCUCAAGGAACAGGCCAAUCUCAGUUCUAAACUCGAAGAAGUUCAAAGAAGUCUUGAAGAAGAAAGCAGGCUCCGACAGAAACUUCAGGGAGAAGUCCGAAAUCUUAAAUCAGAUGUUGACAGUGCCCGCGAACAACUUGAAGAAGAACAAGAAGCCCGAAACGAUGUUCAACGACAACUGUCCAGAGCUAAUGCUGAAGCUCAACAAUGGAGAUCUAAAUACGAAGGCGAGGGUGCUGCCCGAGCUGAAGAACUUGAAGACGCCAAGUAA